AAAGUGCGCGAGAAAAGAAAAGUCAGGGUGACCGACAUAUGACAGACCGCCAUGCCUGAGCCGAAGAAGCCAGCUGCCAAGGAGGACGCUCCCCCUGCUGAUAAACCUGCAGAAGAUGAUGAUGGCCGUGAUGAAUUGCCUGAGGAUGAACAUGUCCCAGGAGAAGAGUCUCAGAUGUCUGAGAUAAGUGGCCUGUUUGUGGAGAGGCCUCAGACUGUCGCUGCCAUUAAAGGAAAGGAUGUCACCUUUGUGGCUAAGGUGGACUCCUCUCAGAUGUUAAGAAAGCCAGCUGUUAAGUGGUUUAAGGGGAAAUGGCUGGAUCUGGCCAGCAAGGCUGGAAAACACCUGCAGUUCAAAGAAACCUAUGACAGGAACACAAAGAUUUACACCUAUGAGAUGACCAUCGUUAAGGUCGUGGAUGGAGAUGCUGGAGGUUAUCGGUGUGAGGUCACGUCCAAAGACAAGUGUGACAGCAGCGCAUUUGAUGUUACAGUCGAAGCUGCUGAGGAGACACAGCAAACAAACAUUUUGGAGGCGUUCAAGCGAUCGGGAGAUGCCGGAGAGGAUGCAGGUGACCUGGACUUCAGUGCUUUACUCAAGAAAAGGGAGAGGAAGCAGAAGGAGGAGCCUGAGGUGGAUGUGGACGUGUGGGAGAUUCUGAAAAAAGCUAAACCAUGUGAUUAUGAGAAGAUUGCCUUUGAGUACGGCAUCACCGAUCUCAGAGGCAUGCUCACGAGACUGAAGAAGAUGAAGAAGGUGGAGCCCAAAAAAAGUGAUGCUUUCCUAAAAAAGUUGGAUCCUGCUUACUCUGUGGAAAAAGGAAAGAAAAUACAGCUUAGUGUGGAGCUGACUGACCCUAAUGCUCAAGUCAAAUGGCUUAAAAAUGGACAGGAGAUCAAACCUUCGGCCAAAUAUGUCUUUGAGAGUGUGGGUGGCAUCCGCAAGCUCACUAUAAACAAGUGCACCCUAGCUGAUGAUGCCGCGUACGAAUGUGUGGUGGGAGAGGAGAAGAGUUUCACUGAGGUCUUUGUCCAAGAACCGCCUGUCACUAUCACUAAGAUGUUGGAUGACGCCCAUGUGGUGGAGGGAGAUAAAGUGGAGUUUGAGGUUGAAGUGUCUGAAGAGGGAGCCAAUGUCAAAUGGAUGAAGGAUGGUGUGGAACUGAGCCGAGAUGGAAAGUAUCGCUUUAAGAAAGAUGGGACAAAGCACUGGCUCAUCAUCAAUGAGGCAACCACAGAGGACAUCGGGACAUACUAUGUGUACACCAGCGGAGGGGAGUCCAAGGCAGAGCUGGAAGUGGAAGAAAAAGAACUGGAAGUUUUGCAGAGUAUAGCUGAUCUGACAGUGAAGGCAGCAGAACAGGCGGUCUUCAAAUGUGAAGUUUCUGAUGAGAAAGUGACUGGCAAGUGGUUCAAAGACGGGGUUGAGGUCAUCGCCAGUGACCGCAUCAAAAUGUCACACAUUGGCAGGACUCACAAGUUGGUUAUCAGUGAUGUAAAACCCGAGGACGCAGGAGAUUACACGUUUGUGCCAGAGGGUUAUGCUCUUUCUCUUUCUGCCAAGCUCAACUUCUUGGAGAUCAAGAUUGAUUACGUUCCACGUCAAGAACCACCAAAAAUCCACCUGGACACCACCGGCAGCAUGGUCAACAAAAACACCAUUAUUGUCGUUGCCGGAAACAAGCUCCGUUUUGACGUUGACAUCACAGGCGAGCCCCCUCCCACUGUCGCAUGGAAAAAGGGAGACACGGAGAUUUCACAGGCUGAAGGGCGCGUGAGAGUAGAGACCAGGAAGAAUUUGAGCUGUUUUGUUAUUGAAGGGGCUGAAAGAUCCGAUGAGGGCCUCUAUCAUAUCACCGUAACCAACCCAGCGGGAGAGGACAAGGCUGAUGUUUUUGUUAAGAUAGUUGAUGUGCCUGAUCCACCGGAGAAUGUGAAGUGUUUGGGCGUGGGAGAAGACUCCGCUUCCAUUGAGUGGGAGCCACCCAAAUUUGAUGGUGGUGUUCCAGUGAAAGGUUACCUGAUGGAGAGGAAGAAAAAGGGAUCUUCCAGAUGGACAAAGCUGAACUUUGACAUUUACGAGUCUACAACCUACGAAGCUAAGAAGAUGAUUGAGGGUGUGUUCUAUGAGAUGAGGGUGUUUGCUGUUAAUGGUAUUGGCAUCUCUCAGCCCAGCGCCAACUCUCAACCCUUCAUGCCCAUCGCUCCAACUAGUGAACCAACUCGCCUGACAGUGGACGACAUUACAGAUGGUACCUGUGCUCUAAAAUGGCUUCCCCCUGAGAGGAUCGGAGCUGGUGGCCUUGACGGGUACUUCAUUGAAUAUUGUGUCGAGGGAGCCACUGAGUGGGUGAAAGCCAACGAGACCCCCGUUGAGAAGAAUAGUUACAGGGUCAGAGGGCUGCCUGUUGGAGAAAAGAUGCUGUUCAGGGUGACAGCUGUGAACAGGGCUGGCCUUAGCCCUUGGGCUGUGCUGGCGCAAGCUGUCACCAUUCGGGAGAUUGUUGAGAGUCCUAAAAUCCGCCUCCCACGGCAUCUUAGGACUAAGUACAUCAAACAAGUGGGUGAGAAGGUCAACCUUGUCAUUCCUUUCCAGGGCAAACCACGUCCGAUGGUGACCUGGCUCAAGGAUGGCGCACCAGUAGACACUGGGCUGGUGAAUAUCCGCACAAGUGACAAGGACACCAUCCUGUUCAUCAGGCAGUCAGUCAGAGAGCACUCUGGUCUGUACACCCUGUGUGUGCAGAUUGAGAACAUGGAGGACAAAGCAAAUCUUGAAAUCCAGAUUGUAGACAAGCCUGGGCCACCAAUGGCUGUCACUGUCACUGAUGUUUGGGGCUUCAAUGCUGCUUUAGAGUGGAAGCCUCCAAAAGACAAUGGCAACACUGAGAUCAUAGGCUAUACCGUCCAGAAGGCUGACAAGAAAACCAAGGAGUGGUUCACGGUUCUUGAACACAAUCGUAGGCCGAGCUGCACUGUGUCUGAUCUGGUGAUGGGGAACGAGUACUUCUUCCGUAUUUUCAGUGAGAACAUCUGUGGCAUGAGUGAGGAAGCUGGACUCAGCAAAAACACAGCUGUCAUCUCCAAAACAGGUCUUCAAUACAAACCCCAACCCUACAAGGAAAAAGACAUGAACAGCUCUCCGAAGUUCAUCACUCCUCUGGUGGACAGGUCUGUUGUGGCAGGUUACAGCGCUGCCAUCAGCUGUGCUGUCCGUGGGUGCCCGAAACCAAAGAUUAUAUGGAUGAAAAAUAAGAUGAUUAUUGGAGAGGAUCCAAAAUUUCUCAUGCAGAAUAACCAGGGUGUGCUGACUUUAAACAUCCGUAAGCCCAGCUUGUUUGAUUGCGGAAAGUAUACAUGCAAAGCCAUCAACGACCUAGGAGAGGAUGAAGUGGAGUGCAAGCUGGAGGUUCGAGUCGUAACAGAGAAGGAGGAAGCGAAGAAGUGAACACACAACCAAGAAAAUACCUUAAAGACGGUGGCUGUAAAGCAGUGAUAUGGGCAUCAUGAGUGUGUCAGAAAAGCAAUAAAUUUUAGAGUGAUUGAUUUAGAAUAACACUAUUAUAGGCUACGUUCUCUGCCUCUUACAAAAAUGAAAAAAAAAUAAAUAA